AGUACUCAGGACAUAGCUCGAAUGAUAGCAGCAGAAUUGAGGCAUUAUGGCAUACCUCAAGCAGUAUUCUCACAGAAGGUUCUUGGAAGAAGCCAAGGUACUCUAAGUGACCUUUUAAGAAACCCUAAACCAUGGAACAAGCUGAAAGCUGGAAAGGAAACAUUCAGGCGAAUGUUGGAUUGGUUGAAUCAGUCAGAAGAACAAAGACUGGCAAUGCUGAAAUAUACUCCAGCAGAGCAACAGCAACAUGAACUACAAAUGGAUCUCUCGAUCAACGGCAGCAAAAACAACAAACCAUGCCGCAAGCCUCGAUUAGUGUUCACUGAAAUACAGCGCAGAACAUUAAUGGCCAUAUUUAAAGAAGUUAAGCGGCCAAGUAGGGAUGUGCAGAUAACAAUUGCUGAACAGUUAAACUUAAAAUUAUCCACAGUUUCAAAUUUCUUCAUGAAUGCAAGGAGGAGGUCCCUAGAUAAGUUCAUCAGUCCUGAUUCAACUAAU